AUGGCGGAGCGGGACUUCCGGGCUCUUCAGGUGGCCUCCCGGAUCCAGGACCGGGACCAGGUCCAGGACCAGGUCUCCUCCAUCCUGGAGCUGCUGGCCCGGGCCGCCGUGCAGCAGAUCUGCGGGCUGCUGGAGGAGGAGCGGGCGGGGAUGAGGAGACAGCUGGAGCGGGUGGAGGAGGAGAGGGGAGACCAGGGGAAGGAGGAGCAGCAGGUGCAGCGGGACGAGGAGGGGAAGGAGGUGCUGAGGAGGAGGCUGCAGCUGAUGGAGGACAGGAUGAGGAGCUGCGAGAGGAAAAUGAGGAGACAGAGUCAUCGCCAGGAGCCGGUUGGAGGAAGUGAUGACCAUCAGCUGCAGGUGAUUCCUGCUGGAGAAGACCAACCUGAAGACCAACUCCUGCACGGCUUAAAGGAGGAAGCCGUCGUGUUGCCGCUGGUGAAGCAGGAGGAACCGGAGCCAGAACCGGAGCCAGACGGCUGCAGCCUGGACCUGAAGGUGGAGCUGAACAUCCUGGCCAGCUGUGGCCCGCAGCCCGAGAGGGAAACCCGUCCGGAGGAUGUUGGUGUCACCAGGCCCGGUUCUGAACCGGACCGGGCCUGCAGGUCUGGGCUGAAACGCCGGUCCGACCAGGUCCUGGUUCUGGAGGGUCCGGACCUGACCCAUGACCUCAGCACCGACGACCCGGACCCGGGCCCGGACCUGGACCUGGACCUGGUCUGGAUGCAGGAGCGGGUCGGCCCCCUGGGGGCCUACGCCGUGGCCCGGCUGGGUUUGGGCCCGGACGCCGGGCCCACCACCGUGUUCCCCGGACCGGGACCAGACGGGCCGGACGGACCGGUUCUCUUCAAACACGACGUCGGGGGAACAGACACGUUCAAGACGACAGAAAGGACUGCCUUCGCCAGCUCCUUGGACAUGGCCGUCACGGCCCCGCCCACCAAGCGCCAGCCCCACCGGACCCCCGGUAAAGAACCGUUGGUCUGCAGUAUCUGCCGGCGGGUCCUCCCCUCGGCCGCCGCCCUGGAGCAGCACCGGCGCGUCCACACCGGGGGGAGACCCUACACCUGCCACCCCACCGGGGAGAGACCCUACGCCUGCCCGCCCACCGGGGAGAGACCCUACGCCUGCCCCCCCACCGGGGAGAGACCCUACGCCUGCCCCCCCACCGGGGAGAGACCCUACGCCUGCCCCCACUGCGGGAAGGGCUUCGCCCAGCCCAACAACCUGCGGGUGCACCUGCUGGUGCACAGCGGCGAGCGCCGCUACCGCUGCUCGCUCUGCGGAAAGAGCUUCAUCUCGUCCAGCCACCUGAAGAGACACCGCACCGUCCACACGCAGGAGAAACCGUACAGCUGCCAGCGCUGCGGCCAGGCCUUCAGCCAGAUGUGCAGCGUCCGCCGCCACCGCCAGCAGUCGGGGUGCGGCCUGUAGGGGGGUGUCGCAGGGCGGCCUAUAGACCCCCAGGGGGGUCUACAGACCUGUAGACCCCCA